UUACCUUUCUUUCAGUUUUGAUCAAGUGUGCUUGUGAUUCAUUGAGGCAUGGCUGAUGUAGCAGAUGUAGAUAUGGAUGAUAUUGGGACUGCUGUGAAAGCUGAUGAUGAAACAGUGAAGGAUUCUUGUGAGACUCACUUUGAUGUGUCAGGGGAGCAGGGGAGGGUAGAAGAUGAUCUCAAAGUGAAUGGAGUCCAGGAUGUCCAGAAUGUGGGUGAAGUUGUUACAGAAAUGUCAGAAGGGGUUCCUGAUGGGGGCACUAGUGAAACUGCUUCACGGAAUUUAUCUGAGGGUGAUAAGAGUAAAGAAGAUCUCUCGUAUGAAGGAAGUCUAAAAACCAUCGAUAAUCUGGAUACAGAAGAUGUGAAGUCUUCUGAUGUUGAUGAAUAUGAAAAGACAGCCACACAAAGUCAAGAUGAAGCAGAAGAAAUGGAACCUGAAGAUGAAAUGUUCCGCAAGAGCUCGCUCCUCCUUACGGAUAGACCACGGACAUCCGCAAAGAAACUGAAGGAUUUGGAGAAAUACUGGAAGCCACUGAAGGAGGAUCCAAAUGAUUUUACUGGUUGGACAUACCUGCUUCAGUAUGUCGACCAAGAGAGUGAUGUUGAAGCAGCUGAGGAGGCUUAUGAUGAAUUUCUCAGACGCUACCCAUAUUGCUAUGGUUAUUGGAAGAAGUAUGCAGACUACGAGAGAAGGAAGUCUACCAAGAAGGCCUGUGAAGAGGUUUUCACAAGGGGCGUGAAGGCAAUUCCUUUGAGUGUGGACCUCUGGAUUCAUUACCUCAACUAUCUCAAGAGUCAAUAUGGUGCUGAGGCAGCCUGGAUUCCACACAUCCGAGAAGUGUUUGAAGAUGCUGUUGCAAAAUGUGGCCUUGAGUAUAGGUCAAGCAAACUAUGGGAUUUGUAUAUCAAGUGGGAAAUUUCUCAAAGGAAUUUCCAUACAGUCUUCACACUGUAUGAGCGUCUCCUUCAAAUCCCCACUGUGCAGUACAAGCAGCAUAUCGAAGCUUUCACAGAGUUUGUGAACACACACAAUCCAAAGGACAUUCUGGCAGUGGAUGAGUUCUUGGAAUUGAGAAAGGAAGUCAUCCAAGCCUUUAAGGAGAGUCAGGGUGGUGUGAGCCCUGCUAUGGAAGAGACUGUUGGAGAUGACAUCCCUCCAGGAUUAGAGGAUGAGGAACCUCCUCCUGGUGCUGAUGAUGAGAGUGCUCCUCCUACUACUUCUUCUGUUAAGAUGUUGAAGCGACCAUAUUUCCAUGUGAAACCAUUGGAGAAGGCACAGCUGAAAGUGUGGAAACAUUACCUCAAGUUUGAAACAGAGGAAGGGAGUGAGGAGCGGAUCCAUAUCCUCUUUGAGCGUUGCCUCAUUGCAUGUGCUCUGUAUGAGGACUUCUGGCUCAUGUAUAUAGGGUACUUGCUAGAGAAGAAUGAGGGACCAGAAAUCAUAAGGGAUGUGUUUGAGAGAGCAUGCACCAUUCAUUUGCCCAAGAAGAUCAAUAUCAACCUGAAAUGGUCUGCUUUUGAGGAAGGUCAAGGGAACUUUGAAAAGGCAUUGGAUGUCCUGCAGACAUUGGAAGGAAAUAUGGGACCAACAACUCAGGUUGCUUUUCGCUGCAUCAACCUCUGCAGACGUAGCAAUCAGCUGGAAAAUGCUGAAGCCCUUUUCCACAAAUACAUAGAUUAUUAUGAGAGAAAGCAACUGAAUCCAGAGGCAUGCAGUUUCAUCCUGAAGUACUCUCGUUUUAUCUAUCGGGUUUUGCAAGAUCCUGAGAAGGCCAUGGCCAUUUUACGUGAUGCCAUCAUCAAACACAAGGAUAACCCACGGAUACACCUCCAAGCUGUGGAUACCCUUCUGCAUGACUACCCCAACACAGAGAAGGAGAUAGUUGGUAUCUUCGAUGCUGUUGUGCAGAACCAAGAUUUCCCCCCACAGUUCCGUCUCCUCUUCUCCCAGCGCAGGGUCGAGUUCCUGGAAGACUUCGGCACUGAUGUAUCCAAGCUACAGGCGAUGAUGGAUGCACAUCUAUCUCUCCUUCGUACACUGCGAGAAGACCGAAAGAGAACUUUGGAUGAGGAAGACAAAUUGGAUGCAGAUCAGCCAACAAAGCGAACAAGGACAUCUUCAUCAUCGUCCUCAUCAUCCAGAGUUAAUUCAAAGUCAUUCCAGCCACAACAAAUCUCCACUACCAGUCAGCAGAAGGGAGCCACUGUGCCAUCCAGUCAAAGCUAUGCUUAUCAAUAUCAAACCCCAUACCAGCAUGGCUACUCAUACCCUUAUCCUUAUCAGAACUGGAACUAUGGAUACAACUACUCACAGGGUGGCUGGGGAGGCUACAGUUAUUACCAGCGUUGA